AUGCCCCGCGCGUUUCUAGUGAAGAAGCCGUGCGUCUCCACGUGCAAGAGGAACUGGAGCGAGCUCCCGGACGAGGAGCGCGGCGAGAUCUACGUGCCAGUCAGCCUGGGCUUCUGCCCGCCCCAGCCCUACCGGGAGCCGGAGCCAUCGGUGGCCGAACCCCCUUCCUGCUCCCUGGCCUUGGACAUGAGCCUCCGAGACUCAAGCUACAGCGUGACCCCCGGGCCCUGCGUGGUGGCCCAGCUGCCCUCUGAAGACACGGGCCGCUUGGCAGAUGUGCCGGGCAGAGACCAGGGUUCCCUGCGCCCCAAGAUGAAGGUGACCCUGGGGGACGGCCCCAGCGGGGACGUGUUUAGCUGCCACAUCUGCCAGAAGGCCUUCACCUACCAGCGCAUGCUCAACCGCCACAUGAAGUGUCACAAUGACGUCAAGAGGCACCUGUGCACCUACUGCGGGAAGGGCUUCAACGACACCUUCGACCUCAAGAGGCACGUGCGCACCCACACCGCACCAAGGAGGAAAGGGGAGACACCUUCUCGUUUCAUUCAGACGAAAGCGAACCCGGGGGGCGCCGUGGGUGAAGUGGCCGCCACUCCCCGGAUGCUCUGUGCCCUGCCCACCGCCAGUGUUUGGUGGAGGAAGGUCACUGUCUUGGUGCUCAAAGAUGUUUCCCAGCGUCUGAUCUCCAGCCUGCCCUCCUCGGCCGGCCUGCGCUCCCUGAAUUACCCUGAGGUGGUGCGGACAGUGCUGGAGGAACCCAGCUGCCCCCAAGAGACGGCGCUGGUCCUGGCGAGAGAAGCGAAGAACACUGGCUCUGUCCCAGGCCUGGCAGGCGCAUGGCUGACACUCACUGAGUCCAUGCGCAUUCACAUGGUUCUGCCCGGGCCGAGGCAGCAGACGGACACCCACAGCCUCCCUGAAGGGGGCUGCGAUGGGACGGCCCGGGCGGGACAGCGGCACCUGGGCCCUGCCUGCACCCCUGCCCUUUCCGAGUACGCCCGGGCCAGGCCAGGUUUUCUGGGCGGUGGCCUCGCCUCCAGGGAGCAGCUGGAGGCUGCCUCCGCGGAGCAGGAAGCCCUGGGACAGUGA